UACAAAGUAUACAGUAUGCAGGUUCGCAGAGCAACAUAAACGACCGGGGGUUAAAUCGUGGAAAACAAUAAAACUAAACGAUCGCCUAAGAACAAACAAAUAAACCAACCAGCAGCCGGACAGACAUACAGUCAUAGAGACAAUCGCAUAGACAGGCGGGCGGCGGUCGAAUGUGUUCAGUGAAACAGAACACUUUUCAUUGAGCUGCGCCGAGGACGAUGAAGUUUUGAAUUCAAAAUUUCAAUUUAAAUGCGAAGCAUAGGUGAAACGGUAAAGACGUCCUAACAAUUUCUGCGGGUGUACGAGUACGCGCGUCUAAAUAAUGGUGUUAAUUUGAUGUAACUUUCAUGUGUGUUCAUAGUGCAGAGUUAGUUCUAAAGCGAAAUCUUUCGGCUAUACUUAUAAUGAACAAGGAUUUCUGGUUGAAAUAAAAUCAUGCGAACAUAAUGAAACUGAAAAUCCUUAGAUGAAUUUUCGAUUUGUAAAUGGAAUUGGUGUAUUUCGGUUAAAACUUUGAAAAUAAGAGUGAAAAUAUAUAUCCAACCAGUGAUUCCAAACCAUUGCAAAUUUAGCUAACAAAAUUUGUUAUACAAACCAAAUGUCUUCCUCAGAGGCUGAAGUUGACAUAAGCGUAGUGUCCAGUCCCGAACCUAGUCCCGCCGGUUGUGGUAAUGGCAGCGACACUCCGUUACGCUCGGCUUCACCGACACCCUCCAACGGAAGCACGCCAACAGCGACAUCGACGCCAACUACAGCCGCCGGCACACCUACUUCCAGUGCUCAUUUUCACAGUCCGACCGCCGCUGCUUUAACUGCUGUACCGCCGACGGUUCUACACCAUCACCUGCAACACCACCUUAGCAGUUUAAGCGGUCACCCGGUGGCAUUGCAUCACGCUUUGCACAGUUUCGGUCAUCUUCAUGCUGCCUAUCCUGCGCAUCAACAAUUAUUGCAACACGCAGCGGUUACACCUACAGCGGGCCAAAUGGCUUUGGCGUCAGCGGCGGUGGAUCGACUUAGUCCGCCGGCUAUGGCUGCUAUGGCGCCACAUUCACCCGAACGUAAUGGCAACGAUGAUGUUACUUCCUUAACGGGUAAUAAUAACAACAACAAUAGCAAGCUUUUGAAUCACAAUAAUAAUAGUGAUAGCAACGGCAGUAGUCAGAAUAUGGCGUUAGGCCGUGGAGAGGCGAGUAACGGUUGCGGCACUGCGUCUGGAAAUGCUAAAGCCACAACCAGCAAUGGAUUUACUAGUUUCUCUAUAUCGAGUAUCCUUAGCCGCAGUGAACCGUCGAAAAAAAGUGGUGGUAGCCAUAAUGUACCAACGCUAAUCACACCGAUACCACAACUGCCACAGUCUGGCACCGGCGGCCCACAAGAUGCGGCGAUGAUUUCUAGAUUGGGUUUCAUAUCGCAAUGGGGUGCUCUAGCUGGUCGUUAUGCGGCGCUGUGUCCUCCAGGCUGGCCAUGGGCACCACAACGUCUGCCUUUCCACAGCCCCACACAUGACAGUUCCUCAACCAACACAACGGAAAAUCCAUCCUCGCCUACAUCGCUCAGCCCAAACCAUAUUGGUAACAACAACAGUAGCAGCAACACUCACGGCAAUGGUGGCAACAAUGGCCAUAGCAAUGGCAAUAAAUCGCCUUCGCCGCAUGGUUACAGUCAUAGCCAACAACAACAUUCACAUCUGACGCAUCCGCAUCAACCUUCAACGCCUACAAGCAGUGGCGGCGGAAGCAACGGGCAUCCGCUGCUCAGCCACCACAGCUCGCAUUCGAAUUCCAGUUAUUUACUGCCCAGCAGUUCCAACGAGUCCGACGAUGAUGGCGAAGAGAUUAUCGAAGAAGACGAUGGCAAUGAUGGACCCUCAGACGGCUCUUCGCCACAAGGCGGCGAUGGAAAUCAAACGAAACGCAAGAAAAAGACACGCACAGUAUUUUCGCGAGCACAGGUCUUUCAGUUGGAGUCCACAUUCGAUAUGAAACGCUACCUCAGCUCUUCGGAGCGUGCCGGUUUAGCUGCCUCACUGCGCCUCACUGAGACACAAGUGAAAAUUUGGUUUCAAAAUCGACGCAACAAAUGGAAACGUCAGCUGGCAGCCGAACUGGAGGCAGCCAACAUGGCGAAUAUGGCACAUGCCGCACAACGUUUGGUCCGCGUUCCAGUGCUCUAUCAUGACGGCUCUGGUGCGGGCUUUGUACCACCCCCACCACCGCACCACCAUCCCAUGCAGUAUUAUGCGGCGGCAGCAGCACGCAACACAAGCCCACCACGGCCACCCCUCUCCUCGCUUGUAUAGGGCGUGGGGUGCUUGGCGGCCGCAGUGGUACCCAACUGCGGAGGUCCAAUCUCACUGCGAAAGCCGCCAUACACCAAUCAUGCGCCAACAACGCCGACGCCGACAUCAGUACACGAUAUGGAUGACUCGGAUACAGAGGAGGAAGCCGCAAUCGAUGUGGAAGCCGACGAGGAUGAGGAGGAGCUGUCCUUAACGCAAGCGUCGUUAGCACAGAGCAAUAGGGAUUCAACUAGCGGCGGCAGCAGUGUUGCUGGUGGUAGCGACGCGGUGCGGAAAGCGACACCAUUCGAGCUGUUGGCAAAAAGUGUUAAUUGCCUGGAGAUGCACAGCAGCGGUGGUGGCAGGGAGUUGAAUAUCAACAGUGCUGGUGGCGCCAGCAAUGACAACGGCGUUGAAAGAGCCAACACAGUGCACAAGGUGUAUUAACAGAGUGGAGAGGAGAAGGAGAGGCUUUCAACGCUUGUCGGAAGAAUCCGCAAAGUGUUGUAAAUUUUUAUUGUGUCAUACAGAAAAAAUUGGUUUCACAUACAAAGAAUUUCACUGCUUAAGUGCACGGAGAAAACAACCAGAAAUAUUAAAAGCUAACUGAAGCGGGAUGCAUUCGCGGAAGAGUGUACGUAAAAAUUAUUGCGUGUUUUCUCUUAAAGUUAAUGUGUGGUCUGUAUAAUAGGAAAGUGCUAAGUAAAAAUUGUAAUCAAUGUUCAAACGUUUAGGUUUCCAAGUAAACAAACAACGUAGCCAUACAAAACCAAAUAUAAACUAAGAAAACCUUUACAUAUUUGUAAAAAGUCGUUCUCUUUCGCUUUCUUCUUUUAGCUACUAAAUUUGUAAAUAAUUAAUUGUUGACCUGCGGUGUCUCUUUGCUCAAUAUUUGUGCUUAAAAUUUAUAAAAUCUAGAACAGAUAUAUGUGUAUAUAUAUUUAUCUAAAUACGAUUAUAAAUGUAUAUAUGUAUGUGUACUCAGAGGCUUAAAACAGUCGUGUUUGUAAAAUACUUGUGUGUAUAUAAGUCUCCAUAUGAUAUGUGUGUAUGUUUUGUUAGAGAAUAGUCUUGCGAUUAUACAUAUGUUCAUUAAGUCAUAUUAUAUAUGGUAAAUUAGUUAUGUAAGUAUUUACAUAUGUAGCGUCGCAUUUAUGUGUGAAAACAGCGUAUAAAGCCAAAAAAUAGUUUACAUAUACAUAUAAUUCUUAUAUAUAAAUAUAUACAUUAAUACUUAUUACUCUAAUUAAUGCAAGUACUUAAUUACACUAAUAAUAAUUACAUACAUACAAUUGGAAUGAUGCCCAGUUAGCGUGUAGUUAAAUUAUGCCAUAAUAUAUGUUAAUAUCAUAAUUAAGCCAAAAUUUAAUAAAAAAAUUAAUAGAGUGAAUAAUAAAUUGC